UCCCAGGCACAAAAACCAAGGAGCCGCAAGCCAUUGACGAAAUGAGCUUCUUCCACCGUUGCUGCUCCUCCGACGAUCUUCAAUCCUGAUCAGUGGGUGCUUCUUAGGCGAGAUCUCUCAGCUGGUGGCCUCCUUUCUCCGGUGACGUUGCUGUUCCGGCGAGUUUCCCCUGAGAUGAUUUUCUCUUCGUUGUUGAUUUCGAGCUCCUCUCUUCCUCUCCCGAUGUAUUCGGUUACUUUCCUCGUUCUGAGGUCUCUUUCGGCUCCACCAUCGGAGCCUCCGUCUCCACCGUCUCCGCCAGAACCACCGGACCCGCCGGAUCCUCAGAUCCACCCUUCUUCUGGUGAAGAUUAUGCUCAGCCGCUCCUCCUUCCACACUUCACUGGUCUUCCACGUGUUCACAGUGAAUACAAACUUCCAUCUCCGCCACCCUCGAGACUUGUUCCUCCAAUCAUCACCGUUUUUGUGCCUCGUCGUUCAAGCCGCCGCUGCUGCCGCGUGCCCAUCACCACACGUUCCCCAAAAGUGAAUCUAAGGUUGAUUCGAUACAUUAUCUGGAAUGGUCUAGGAUAUUAUUCUCGUUUUGUGUCGACGCCUUUACUUUGGCUGAGCGAUUACCAGUUUCGAGUCCAAGCUCCAUCGAUUGUCCCCACCGCGAUUCUCCCCUCCGUUCCUCCUGGAAGUCUUGUUGUCGUCAUCUACUACCUCGCUCUCGCCGGGAACUCCUGGGAUUGGCUGGGCUUGGUUCAGCCUUGCGUGUCCUCAAGUGACAUGUAUGUUGCCUUCCCGUGUGCCCCGAAUGUUGUAGACACCUCGUGGGCCGGAUUCGUCAUGAUCUGCGUGUGCACAAAGAUUCAGACCGGCUCUCUCUCCAACGGGCAGCCCUGGCCCUCAUGGGCUCUCUCCAUCUACAUGACGUCGGAAGGACCAAGAAGGAGCGUUGGCAUCCUUUGUGUUGUUAUUGGGUUGUGUGCAGGACUAGGCUUCACGGAAGAGAACAUCUGUGUCAUAAAGUCCCAACUAAUUCAGCCACCAUCACAAAAGAUAGAAGUGUUCUUGAACUUCUCGGAUGUGGCAUGGUUACAAUGCGGUUUGGGCUGGAGUUUCAAAGACCCACUCAACGGAAAGAUCCAACAUGGAUCUUUUUCAAGACCCUUUGUGUCUUUUGUUCUCGUAGCGGAGGCACUAGCUCUCAAGACGGCUAUCACAGCGGCUUUAGCAUUGGGUGUAUCAAAGCUGGCUUGUAUUUCGGAUUGUCAGGAGCUUGUUCUCCUGCCCAAUACCGGUGGCCACGCAAACGAACUAGAUGGCAUAGUAGCGGAUUGCAAUCUCUUUCGUUCUAUGUUUAUGUUUAUGUAUGUUCUUUUUGUUUCAAGGGCUGAAAACUGUGGAGCUGAUGCUGUAGCAUAAGCUUGUCUUCUAUCUUGUUUUCUCUCCUCUUUAUGUGGAGUUUGAGUUUUUAUUAAUAUUAUGUUGGUUUA